GGCGGACCAUAGCGAAGGAUUUUAAUCUACGCUUGCAUUAAUCACGCCGUCCGACACCUGAAUAUUCACUGCCUGUUGAAUUUGUCUUGCUUCUCCCCUGGAGAUCUGUCGUGUUCUACGUCAUGGCCCGUAUUCCUCAUGGCGAGUUCCUCUUGGAGCAGCUGAGGACGCAGAGGGAGCGAGGUUUCCUUUGUGACUGCACCGUGGUCAUCGGCCAGGCUCGCUAUGAAGCUCACCAUAACGUCCUGGCAGCCUUCAGCCAGUAUUUCUCCACACAGUCCAUUGAUGCAGGAAGAGAAGAUGCCACCAUUACACUGGACCCCGAGUGGGUUAGCAGUGCCAUGUUUGAGAAACUGCUGGACUACAUGUACACGGGGAACUUAAACAUGGACAGGGAUGAAAUUCCAAACGUUCAAAACGCAGCAUCCUACCUUGGAAUACAGGAAGUUCUGGCUCUCUGUUCCUUGAGUGCUGUCACAGAAAGUCCUGUCACUGUGAGGGACACGAUCUUCACGGAUCCUCGUUCUCCGCUCAGCCCGGAUGACUACGAACCGCUGGAACCACUUGAGGAAGUGGAGGAAAGGGAGAUGCUGAGGACAGAGGAAGAGAAGAAAUCAGGAAUGUUUCAGGAAAAAGCAGCUCCAGCUGAAGAUUUCCAGUCGUCCAGCGAACAAACUCCACAAGCUACAGAAAAGAGGAUCCGGAAACCCAGGACUCGGCUUUAUGAAGAGGAGGACGAUUUUAUGAGAAAGGAAAGCCCGCUUUCACCGAGAGGGCGUGGCAGAGGAAGGGGUAGGCCGAGAGGGCGGCCUCGGACAAGACCUUUGGAUUCUGACAAAGUGGAUGCUGCAGUGAUGGACAAGAGCCCGAUUGUGGAGAGUGCUGUAGUGCGGAGAGGAACCGGAAGACCAAGAGGGCGUCCACGUACAAGACCAUUGUCAUCUGAGGUAGGAGACUUGACCAGUGCUGAAGAAAACACCACAGUGGUGAAAGAUGAAGAAUCGGAAAUGAGAACAGUGCAGUUGGAACCAUCCGAGUUUGCACAUCCACAGAGAGAUGAAGAGGAGGUAAACACAGACAACAGGGAAGUAGAAAACAAAAUGACGUCGGACGUCGAGAAUCCUAAAGAGACACUGGUUGUAAAACGAGGAAGGGGUCGACCGCGAACCAAGUCUCUGCCUUCUGAGACCACCGAAAUCCCGAACCCUGAGGAGAUGUUCACGCAGAUAUUACAGAAAGGAGGAGGUGUGCGCAAGAGAGGCAGGCCACGUUCCAAACCCCCACCGUCCGAAAUGCCAGAAUCCGACAACACAGAAGGAGGAACAGAACAGGAUGAGGGACCAGAUCAGGAGAAUAAUCAGCCAAAAGGGUCCUCCUCUGAACCCUUUGAUGGCACACAGGAACAUCCAGAAAAUGCCAAAAAAGUCCGGGCGAGCACCAGGAAGCGGAGCCUGAGCCGAAAGCUGAGAGAGAGCCAAGCCAGCAACGAUGAAAACGACCAGGACGAAGCAGCGGAGGAGGAAGGCAGUGAAGACUGGGAGGACGAAAAGGACAUCAAGGUGUCGCAAAACAAGCUGCGGCCCAUCUGCAACAUCUGCGGGAACCUGUUCUCAGAAAUGAGCAGCCUGCGCAGACAUAUGCGCAUACACAAGGGGCUUAAACCUUAUCAGUGUCAGCUGUGUGGACGCUGCUUCAGGCAGGGAAACCAGCUCAAGACACAUCUGCGGAUUCACACUGGUGAAAAGCCGUUUGCAUGUAGCCGCUGUGACGCCUCCUUUGCUCAGAAAUGUCAGUUGGUGUAUCACUGCCGUAUGCAUCAUGGAGAGGAAAAACCUCACAAGUGCGAUGUGUGUCCUGCAGCUUUCGCUACAUCUAGCAAUCUUAAAAUCCACAUGAGGACACACAGUGGGGAAAAGCCAUACGAAUGCGGUGAAUGCGGGAAGCGUUUCACUCAGGCGAGCACUCUGAUGUACCACAAGCGCCGGCACACGGGAGAGAAACCCUAUGUUUGUGACACAUGUGGCAUGGCCUUCGCUGUCUCCAGCUCCCUCAUCUCACACACCAGGAAACACACUGGAGUCACUCCUUACAUCUGCCUGGACUGUGGGAAACCCUGCUUAACAUCCGGGGAGCUCAGGAAGCACAUGGAUAUUCAUAAUGGUUCUAGAAGAGUGACCUGUAAUAUAUGUGGAAAUACUCUCUCUGAUAUUUAUAGUCUGAAGAAACACCGAGCUCUAAAACACAGUGCUCCUCCAGAGCAAGACGAUGAGCCUACAAAAUCCGAAUCCGUCGAGUGUCCAAUCAACAUCCCAAUUGACCAUCAGGGUCUGAUAGCCCGAGUGCGCUCUGUUCUAUCAGAAUCCCCAGAGCCAAGCUUCCCAGAUGAAUCCCCUCUCAUUUCUGAAGCCUCCAUGAUCAUCCAUCAGCCAGAACCCCCAAUGAUCAUCCAGCAUUCAGAGGCCUCAGGAACCCAAAUGAUCUCAGGAGCCCCUAUGAUCAUCCAACACGCCGAGUCUUCCGACGCGCCGAUGAUCAUCCAGCACGCAGAAGCUGGAGGAACACCAAUGAUCAUCCAGCACUCGGAAGCCGGAGGAACACCAAUGAUCAUUCAGCAUUCAGAAGGUUCAGAGACGCCACUGAUCAUCCAACACACCGAAUCCUCAGGAGCACAAAUGAUCUCAGGAUCGCCAAUGAUUAUCCAACACGCAGAUUCCUCCGAGACCCCCAUGAUCAUCCAGCAUUCAGAAGCAACAGGAUCACCAAUGAUCAUCCAACAUGAUGAAUCCUCAGAAACCCCAGUGCUCAUUCAGCACGGAGAUUCCACGGAGCAAGUGAGUUAUGUUUUGGAGCAGUAUGAAAUUCCGGGUUCAUCAGACAUGGAGCAUGCUCAGAUCGUCAUCGUACAGACGAUCGAUUAAGACUGCAGACGUCUGGAGAACAUCUGGUCUCCACAGCAUAUCUAUUGCAGUACGGAGUAGUUUUAGGAUAAUUCUUGUCUUUGUAAGAUGGAGACAAUCUUCAGUGUGUUUCAGACUGCUGCACUAGGAGGUCAUUUUUUAUGUAGGUCUUUUUUUUUUUUUAAUUUGUUUUUCAGUAUUGGGGGGGGGAUUAAAAAAGAUCUCUUGAUGAUUGUGUCCGCAAUGCUUUUCUUCUACUCAGUGUGAAUUUUUAUUUAUAUUUAUAUAUAU